AUGAAAUUUACCGGCCCCGUUGUCUUGCUGACCGUUGUUACUGGUGCCUAUUCAUUUGUCAUUGAGCGUGAUCUCAAGACCAUUACGGGCGUGCUUGCGGGCGUUCAGACAAAUGUUGAUGGCCUCGAUGGUGCCAUUAAGGCAUGGACAACCGACCCUAGCAAAGUUUUGGACGCAUCCAACAAACUCAUUGCCACAAUCAAGCAAGGAACCGGCACUGUCAAGAGCAGCCCGAAUCUAGCGCUAAACGAUGCUGUUCAACUUAUCAAGCCUGUUCAGGAGCUCAAAAACCAUGCUCAGACACUGGUAAAUGAUCUCAAAGGCAAGAAGGCCCAAGUCCAGAAACAAGGUCUUUGUGACGUGGUUAGGGGAGAAAUCGGAGACAUCAAUACGGACAGCAAGGGCCUCAUCGACGCAACCAUUUCCAAAGUUCCAGAAUCUGCUCAGAAUAUUGCCAAACAACAAGCUCAAGGCAUUAUUGAUGUCUUGAAUGAUGCACAGGAUGCUUUCUCUCAGAAAAAUUGCGCAUAG